AUGGUCGCCAUACCUACUCUCUCUCUCCUGUUGGUCCUGGCAGAGUGGGCAGGUCUGGUGGAUGCCUCCCCCCACCUCCUGCUCCGGCCCAGCCCGCGGGAGCGUGAUGCAGGGGCCAUGAUGAACUUCAACAUCGCCGUGAUCCACGCCGGUGCUACAGUGCAGGCAGAGGCGGCGGUGGCGGGGCCUGGGGGAAGGGUGCUCUACCCUGGCUUUGGCCGGGUUUAUGGCUCCCUGGGGGAGAGCGUGGUCACCCAGUGGGGCUCUGCUAACGUCAUCUGGCUACAGGUGAAUGACAGUAGUCCUAAGACGGUGCUGUCCCAGCUGUGUGAGCUGCUGGCGGCGCGGCCCCUGCAGGGUCUGGUUUAUGAAGAGGAGAGGCCCCCUCGCACAGCCUGGGGUCCUUUGGCCCCCAUGCUGGAGUUUGUCUCUGCCCAAACAGGACUGCCCAUAGUGGCUGUAGGAGGGGGAGCGGGGCUGGGGAGGAUGCCACAGGAAUCAGGUUCCAUCUUUCUCCAGUUCAGCUCCUCUACUGCCCUCCAAUUAGAGGUCAUCUUUGAGGUGCUGGAGGAGUAUGAUUGGACUGCCUUUUCCGUGGUGUCCACGCGUCACCAUGGCUACCAGGAUUUCCUGUCUGUGGUGGAGGGCCUGACGGACGGCUCUUUCAUCGGCUGGGAGAAGAAGAGUGUGGUGAUCCUGAACGUGACCGACGACCCUGGGGGGGCACGCACGCGCAGGCUGCUGAAGGAGAACGAGGCGCAGGUACGUUUGCUGUACUGCUCCCAGGAGGAGGCUGAGCUGGUUUUCCGAGCCGCCUGGGCCGCCGGUCAGGCCGGAGCCUCGCACAUGUGGUUUGCUGUGGGGCCAGCUCUCUCAGGUUUGGGAAUGGAGAGCCUGCCCCGGGCUCUGUUUGCUGUGCGGCCCCAGGGCUGGAGGGACGAACCUCGCCGGAGGAUUGCUCGGGGUGUGUCAGUGCUGACUCAUGGGGCAGUGGCGAUGCGCAAGGAUUACGGAGCCACGGGUGGGCCGAACUUUGUCACCAAUUGCAUGACGGAUGCCAAUCAGACCCAGAGACUGCGGGGCAGGAUGAGGUAUUUCAGCAACAUCACACUUGGUGGUCGAGACUACUCCUUCAAUAGCGAUGGUUACCUGGCAAACCCCUUCCUGGAUGUAAUUUCCUGGACACCUGGACGUGGAUGGGAAGAUGUAGGCUGGUGGGAGAACGGCGUGCUGAGGCUGCGGUACCCAGCCUGGUCCCGCUAUGGGCCAUUCCUUAAACCACCUGAUGAUGCUCAGCACCUGCGUGUUGUCACGCUGGAGGAGAGGCCAUUUGUCAUCGUGGAGCUGGCAGACCCCGCAUCCGGGACUUGUAUCCGUGAUUCAGUGCCCUGCAGACGACCCCUUAAUGCCAGUGCCAUCCAUGAGGGCGUGGCUCCCAUGAAGCAGUGCUGCAAAGGCUUCUGCAUUGACAUCCUCAAGAGAUUGGCCAAGAUUGUUGGCUUCACCUAUGACCUUUACUUAGUGACCAAUGGGAAACAUGGGAAGAAAAUUGAUGGGGUUUGGAACGGCAUGAUCGGAGAGGUGGUGUACAAGCGAGCGGACAUGGCCAUUGGCUCGCUGACUAUCAAUGAGGAGAGGUCAGAGGUUGUGGAUUUCUCUGUCCCUUUUGUGGAGACGGGGAUCAGUGUCAUGGUCUCCCGUAGCAACGGAACUGUAUCACCAUCCGCUUUCUUAGAGCCCUACAGUCCGGCAGUGUGGGUGAUGAUGUUCGUCAUGUGCCUGACCGUGGUGGCUGUGACUGUCUUUAUUUUUGAGUUCUUCAGCCCUGUGGGCUACAACCGCAGUCUCCAGAAUGGCAAGAAGGCUGGAGGGUCUACUUUCACUAUCGGAAAGUCUGUAUGGCUUUUGUGGGCCAUUGUCUUCAACAACUCUGUGCCAGUGGAGAACCCCAGAGGAACCACCAGCAAGAUCAUGGUGCUGAUCUGGGCCUUCUUUGCCGUCAUCUUUCUGGCCUCCUACACUGCUAACCUGGCUGCUUUCAUGAUCCAGGAGGAGUACAUUGACACAGUGUCAGGCCUCUCGGACAAGAAGUUUCAGCAUCCCGAGGAGCAGUAUCCACCUCUGAAGUUUGGCACAGUGCCCAACGGGAGCACAGAAAAAAACAUCCGCUCCAACUACCCAGACAUGCACCAGUACAUGGGCAAAUACAACCAGAGAGGAGUGGAGGACGCCAUUCUCAACCUCAAGACCGGGAAACUGGAUGCUUUUAUUUAUGAUGCUGCAGUAUUGAACUAUAUGGCCAGGAAGGACGAAGGUUGUAAGGUGAUGACCAUAGGCUCGGGGAAGGUUUUUGCCACCACAGGCUACGGUAUCGCCCUGCACAAAAACUCACGCUGGAAACGUCCUCUUGACCUGGCCCUGCUGCAGCUGGUGGGAGAUGAUGAAAUUGAGAUGCUGGAGCGCCUCUGGCUGUCAGGUAUUUGCCACAAUGACAAAAUUGAGGUGAUGAGCAGUAAACUGGAUAUUGACAACAUGGCCGGGGUCUUCUAUAUGCUGCUGGUGGCUAUGGGCCUCAGUCUGCUGGUGUUUGCCUGGGAACACAUGGUCUACUGGAAGCUGCGCCACUGCAUGGCCACCAGCUCUGGCAAAUUGGACUUUCUCCUGGCAAUCAGCAGGGGCAUGUAUAGCUGUUGUAGCUUUGAGGAUGAAACAGCGCCAGGUGGAGCUAAAUCUUUGCCAACUCAUCACCACACUGCAAUGGUUACAGUCCCAUCCCAGCCACAUGUUGUCUCAACGUCUAUGACCAACCCAGCCAUUGCCAUGGCGCAACAGCAGCAACCACCACAACAGCAGCAACCACAGCCCGUCUACAAAACACCUCUGCCGGGCUCUCCUCCCACCGUGGUGCAUUCUGGGACAGCACUGGGUCCCUCCAACACCCCCAUUGCUGGUGCACCCCUCCCUUGCUCCACCUUCCUGCCUCGCCCAGACCGUAGACUGGCUGUGGUGGAUCGCUGGAGGCUGCCCAAAUCUGCUACAGCUACCAACCCAAUGGCUGUAAGGGGGACCAUCACUGACAUGGGACCCUUUGCUCAAAAAGUCCCACCAAACUGGGCUUCAACAGCUGGAGGGGGUGGGGGGCUUGAUGGCUAUAAGAGAUACUAUGGUCCCAUUGACCCUGAGGGACUGGGGCCCUGCAUGGAGCAGCAGGCAGGGUCCCAGACCCCCAAGACUAUGCCCAGGGGGGCCGUUAAAUCUCUGGGCACUCCCAGACUGCCUCCUAAGAGUCAGGCCCCUCUGCCUCCUACACCCCCGCUGCCACACCCCUCUCCCCCUCUCCCCUCAUCCUUCUGGAGGAAGCGCAGGCCCAAGAAGCCCAAAGAGCCAGGAGGGCCACUGUACGAGAACAUCCUGCCCUUGGGGCGGAGGGGAGGAGCACGAGAUGGAGUGAGGGAGGGAGGAGGGAGAAGGGCACGCCCGCUCUCUCCCCCGCUCUCACUUCCUGUGCCUGUACCUCUCAGCCCCUCCUAUACCCCUCCUUCUCCGUCGGCAUCCUUGCACUAUACGUCCUCGUCCUCUUCGUCAACCACGUCAUCCACAUCCACAUCCUCAUCUGCCUCAUCUUCUCGCUCCACCUCUCCCACCUACUCUUACAGCUCCUCCAGGAGCACACGAGACAGGACUGUAGGAAUAGAUGGAGAGGAUGAUGAUGAUGAUGAGGAGCUGACUGAAGAGUCAAGCCUUCUCCUUGGCAGGGGGAGGGAGAGGGAACGUUCAAUCAUCCGGCCUCGUUCCCUCAGCCACGGGCGCCUGCCACCACCUAUACCCCCCAGGAAACCACGAACAUCCUGGGGUGACAGAGAAAGGGAGAGAGGGGGGAGCCAACUGUCUCAGCUCCAAGAGUGGUGGGCAAGCUGGAGUGAGAGAGAGAGGAGUGGAGCAGGUGGAGAUGCUGAGAGGCAAAAAAGGGAAAAGAAGAGAAGAAAAGAGAAAGAGAAAGAGAAGAAGAAAAAGAAAAAGAAUAAAAAGAGGAAAAAGAGGGAAGAAAGGGAAAGAGAGCGAGAGAGAGAAAGGAAGCGGCGAAAGGUGAAAAAGAAGAAGAAGAAGUAUCGGAGCACAUUUGGAGAGAAAGGGCGUGAUUCAUGGGAAGGAGAGAGGGAGAGAGGCAGGAGAGAAGGAGGAGAUGAGGGUAAUGACAGGGAAGAGGAGGACAGCGGCAGAAGCAGAGAGAGGCAUGCCAAAUCCUCACGCUCCCAUUCCAGACAUCGUGCCCCCAGUAAGCGCUACCCUAACCUCAACAAACUCCCUGCAUCAGUCAAAUUUUGGGUCAAUGGAAGAGGGGAUGAUUCUAAUACUCCUCCAGCCUCCCUCCACCCGCUCCUCCCAUCCUCCAAACGGAGAAGAAGUGGAGGGAUGGACAGAGAAGAUAGUGGUAGAGUUGGAGAGCGCCGUCCUUUGUUAAUGCAUUACGAAAAAGAGAAAGCACAGACAAGAGAAGGGCUGUCCUUCCAUGAGUGGGACUCUGAGGAUGACGAAGAUGAUAAUGAUGAGGAAGAGGACGAAAGGGAGAGACUGAGGGAGCGGGAGGAAAGGGGAAGGAGAGCAGGUAGGGGGGCAGUGUCUGAGUCAGAGAGGGACAGGGCCAGGGCAGAGGACAGUUACUCCGAUGAGGGCUCGUCAGGGGAGUUUGGCCGCUUUGAAAGGUACUGGGAGGGAGGUGAAGGGGGAAGCAGCACUGGAAUAGGAGGCAUAGGUGGAGGAGGUUGGUUCUUUGGCACCUACCCCUCCAGAGAGAAAGGGGGCAGUAUCAAUAGUCGAGAUGAUUCCUUACUAGGAACUAGGGCAGAGGGAUGGAUUGGUGCUGAUUUCUGGGGUUCAGGGACAGGUGUAGGUUGGGGAUCAGAGGGAGGGAGUGGAGGGCUUGGCUCACAGUGGCCACCACCCCCCACAGCCUUCCCUCCUCCUAGAAGAUACUGGUCAAUGGACAAAAUCCCUGUGAAGGGAGAGAGAAAAUGGAAGAGUGGAGGAGGGAAGAGCAAGGGGAGAGCUAGGGACAGAGGGGAAGAAACAGGACGGGCCACCAUGUGUUCCUGUAACCUUUACCCCCAACCCCAUCCUUAUCCACAUCCCCACAGUCGCACGCACACCUCCCACUCCAAGAGAGGAACCACAACGCUUUCGCAUAGCCAGGAAGAGCUUCUCCCCCACUGCCACAGCUUCAGCGGGGGCUCUCGCCCCAAGCCUCUGCCUCCCAAACCAGAUCCCAGUCAGGCCAAAUCUGGCAGCCAAUCUAACCUCAGCCUCAGCACACAGCCCACAGAUCAUGCACCUCAGCCUUCACCGUCUCCACCCCAGCAGCCGUCCAUGUCUCCCACAUCCCUCCCGAUGCCCAUCCCACCUCCGCCCUCCUCAUCCUCUGUCUCACCACCAGCAGGGGUCGGGAUGGUAGGCCAGGGCCAGGCUCCGGCUUCGGCCAGUGCCAAACUCCAGUAUCAGAGACUACGCUCUGUGCCACAGCCACGGAGGUUCUACUCCCCCCACCUGCCACUCAAAGCCAAGAGCCUGUGCUCGCGCAGAGGGUCGGCCCAUUUCUCCAGCCUAGAGAGUGAGGUAUGA